UCUUUGUCCUAUCAGAGCAACAGCUGAGUUGGUGAUACAGAAUGUCAAGCAAGCCUCUUAUCGAGCUAAUUUUGUGUUGAUACUGUACGAAUAGACUGCUGUAACAGUACUACUUCUAAGUAUGAACUGAAGUGUUUGUCGGCUUACUUGCUUUGGAUAAAUUAAUGGCAAACAUAGAUGUUGGGAAUGCAGGGGAUCUUCAAUCUCAAAUCGAAGAGGUCGAGGCACUUUCCUCCAUAUACGGUGACGAAUGGUGUGUUAUUGAUGAAGCAGCAAGAAUAUUUUGCAUCAAAAUAACGGAUGAUAUAGACUAUCCAAAACUGAAAGCAUGUUUACAGAUCAUUCUCCCACAUGAUUACCCGAGUGCAGCACCACCUGUCUACCAAAUAAAUGCAGCAUGGUUGCGAGGCCCUGAUAGAAAGACCCUGUCCAACAGCCUUGAGGAGCUCUAUGUGGAGAACACUGGGGAAAACAUCCUCUACCUCUGGGUGGAGAAGGUCCGGGAGUUCCUCCUGGAGAAAUCCCAAAGCACAGACACAGUGGAGCAACCAGAGGUGAGAAAUAUGGCAACAGAGGAGGAGGAAGUGGCGGAUGAUGUAGAAAUGCCUGAUUACCGCAAUCUGAAGCUGAACAAAGAGAAUGUACACCUCUUCGAAAAUCACUCAAGUGAUGAGGAACUACCUCCUAUAAAACUGGGGGAGACGAUAACAGAAAGACGCAGCACCUUCCAACCACACUUAGCCCCUGUGGUAACACCUAGACAGGUUAGAAUGGUUCUUGACAAGCUGUUUGAAAACAAGAAGAUUGCAAGCGCCACUCACAAUAUUUAUGCAUACAGGAUAUACUGUGAAGAAAAGCAGAGUUUCCUGCAGGACUGUGAGGAUGAUGGAGAGACCGCAGCGGGAGGACGACUGCUUCACUUACUACAGAUCCUGGAUGUGCGGAAUGUGCUGGUGGUUGUGUCUCGCUGGUAUGGAGGGAUCCUGCUGGGUCCAGACCGUUUCAAACAUAUCAACAACUCUGCCAGGAACAUCCUGGUCCAGGAGGGAUACACAUCCUCUGCGGAUGAGGCAUCCAAAGCUGGAGGGAAGAAUAAAAAGUCAAAAAGCAAGAAGACAAAGUAAAGUGAUAUACUCUGAAUGCUAGUCAUUGGCAAUGCUCUCUGUAAUAUUGUUGAAAGGUUUACAGAAACGAACAGACAUUUCUGACCUCUAUGAGGACUUCAAUCUCAAAAAGGUUUUGUUGUGCCUUAAACUGAAAAUGGGAAUUUGAUGGCAACUAUGUAAUGUUAGUGUCGAACAUUCAGGCUUAAGGGAAAGUAAGCCCAUCUCCUCAUAACCAUAAUGAAAACUGUUUAUGUGAGUAAUUUAUAUUAAUUAAAAAAGGGCUGCAUACAUGACUAGGAAAAUGCAUUAAUUUGUUGUAAAUCUGAUUUUCCUUCAAAGAGCAUAGCUGUAAUUUUCAGGAAUGUCUGAAAUUAUAACCAAAAUGUCUUAA